AUGGCGCCGCACACUGUCAAAUGGGGCAUCAUGGCCACCGGCUGGAUCGCCGAGACCUUCUGCAAGGAUCUCCUGACCAAUCCCGCCGCCCGCGAAGUCACCGACGUCGCCCACAAGAUCGUCGCCGUCUCGUCCUCCCGCGAUGCCCAGAAAGCCCGCGACUUCAUCAAGAAGAUUGACGGCCCCACAGACGCCGCUGUCUACGGCUCCUACGCCGACCUCGUCGCGGACCCCAACGUCGACAUCAUCUACGUCGCCACCCCCCACAGCCACCACUUCCAAAACGCCAUGCUGGCCCUCGACGCCGGCAAGAACGUCCUCUGCGAAAAGGCCCUGACCGUCACCGCCGAGCAGACCCGCCGCCUCAUCGAGACCGCCCGCGCCAAGAAGCUCUUCUUCAUGGAGGCCGUCUGGACCCGCUACUUCCCCCUCAGCAUCAAGGUCCGCGAGCUCAUCUCCUCCGGCGCCAUCGGCAAGGUCUACCGCGCCACCGCCGACCUGUCCUUCAACGCCAACACCGAGGACCCCGCCAAGCUGUCCUUCGCCGACUCCCACCGCAUGGUCAACCCCGAGCUGGCCGGCGGCGCCCUGCUGGACCUGGGCAUCUACUCCCUGACGUGGAUCUUCCAGACCCUGUACCACCUGCAGCCCGAGGCCGACAAGGAGGCACCUCAGGUCCUGGCCGCCGUGCAGAAGUACACCACCGGCGCCGACGAGUCCACCAGCAUGAUCCUCAACUUCCCCAAGCACCAGACGACGGGCAUCGCCACGACGUCGAUGCGCGUGGCCACCGACCCCGACGGCGAGGGCAAGUCGGCGCCCGCCAUCCGCAUCCAGGGCUCCGGAGGCGAGAUCCAGGUCGCCCACCCCGCCUACAGGCCGCUGUCGUACAAGGUCAUCAAGAAGGACGGCCCCAUCGAGACGGUUGACUGCCCGAUUCCCACCGACCCGGCACGCAACUGGGGCCACGGCAUGUUCUGGGAGGCCGACGAGUGCGCGCGCUGCCUGCGUGACGGCAAGCUCGAGAGCGACUCCCUGCCGCUGUCGGAGUCGCUCGUCAUUAUGGAGACGAUGGACAGCGUGAUCAAGCAGGGCGGCAUCAAGUAUCCCGACCUGAUCACCACGCACGAGUUCGACCCCAAGAGCCCGUUGAACCUAGGCAACGCAUGA